CGCAGUGCAAAAAAGCAGCGCGAGCGGAAACAAAAAAAACUUUUAAAAGUGCAUCGGAGGAUACCCAAAUUCUCCGCGACUGUUCGCGGCAAAGAAGGGGUUAACGUUUUGUGAGGUUACGCCGAAGCGGAAGUGCGUGAAUUAGCGAGAGCGUGCCAGGCUUAUAGUGCGCACGCACACGCGAGACGCGCGCAGAUCCUACCAGCUCCCCCCGCCUGCCUGCCGUCCCUGUGCGUGCGGUUUAAAACCCCCGUUUCAACCGAGCAGCACGGGGCCUUAUCGACGGGCCCCGAUAUCAAUAAUCCCAGGCUCCUCCGCUUUCAAAAAGUCUGGCCGUUUGUUGGCGUGUCCGCGGCCCGCGGGUGACUUUAAAAAAAAUUAUUACAAAUUUUUUUCAGUCUUUUUUUUUUUUUUGGAGCGACGUUGAUAUCGUUUGGUUGGGCAGCGCGGGAGGCUGCCCGGCUGCGCGCGACCGGUGUAUUAAUCCAGGAUGUCACAGCUGUUAAGAUCGGCGGUGCAAAAAAGCAUGAGCCAAGAUGAAGGUCACAUCAAGGAGAUAAACAUCACCCAUCACGUGAAGGAGGGCUCCGAGAAGGCCGACCCAUCACAGUUUGAGCUGCUCAAAGUUUUGGGCCAGGGCUCGUUUGGAAAGGUGUUUCUGGUGCGGAAAAUCAAGGGUCCCGAUGCUGGGCAACUGUACGCCAUGAAGGUGCUCAAGAAAGCCACGCUGAAGGUCCGUGAUCGCGUGCGGACGAAGAUGGAGCGAGAUAUCCUGGUGGAGGUGAACCACCCCUUCAUAGUGAAGCUUCACUAUGCGUUCCAGACAGAAGGGAAGCUCUACCUGAUUCUGGACUUCCUCAGGGGAGGAGACCUCUUCACUAGACUCUCAAAGGAGGUGAUGUUCACGGAAGAGGACGUCAAGUUCUACCUUGCGGAACUGGCUCUGGCGCUGGACCACCUGCACAGCCUAGGCAUUAUCUACCGCGACCUCAAGCCUGAGAACAUUCUGCUGGAUGAAAGUGGACACAUUGGACUCACGGACUUUGGGCUGAGCAAGGAGUCGAUCGACCACGAGAAGAAGGCCUACUCGUUCUGUGGCACCGUGGAGUACAUGGCGCCUGAGGUGGUGAAUCGCAAGGGCCACACUCACUCGGCGGACUGGUGGUCCUUCGGGGUGCUCAUGUUUGAAAUGCUCACGGGAACGCUCCCCUUCCAGGGCAAAGAUCGCAAGGAGACGAUGACUAUGAUUCUGAAGGCCAAGCUAGGAAUGCCGCAGUUCUUGAGUGGAGAAGCGCAGAGUCUUUUGCGAAUGCUGUUCAAGAGGAACCCAGGCAAUCGCCUAGGAGCUGGAUCUGAUGGUGUGGAAGAAAUCAAAAGACAUCCAUUCUUUUCCACUAUUGAUUGGAACAAGCUCUAUCGGAAAGAAAUUCACCCGCCAUUCAAGCCUGCCGUAGGCCGACCAGAAGACACGUUUUACUUCGACCCCGAAUUCACAGCUAAAACACCAAAAGAUUCCCCAGGCGUCCCUCCCAGCGCCAACGCUCACCAGCUGUUCCGCGGGUUCAGCUUCGUGGCGACGCCGCUGGGCGACGUGGAGGAGACGUUCGUGAUGGCCACCACUCAGCUUCACCCCAUCGUGCAGCAGCUGCACGGCAACAGCGUGCAGUUCUCGGACGGCUAUGAGCUGCGGGAGGACAUCGGUGUGGGCUCCUACUCGGUGUGCAAGCGCUGCAUCCACAAGACCACCAACAUGGAGUACGCCGUCAAGAUCAUCGACAAGAGUAAACGAGACCCGUCGGAAGAGAUAGAAAUCCUUCUCCGUUACGGACAGCAUCCCAACGUCAUCACGUUAAAAGACGUGUACGACGAUGGGAAGAGUGUCUACCUCGUCACAGAGCUCAUGAAGGGCGGGGAGCUGCUGGAUAAAAUCCUGCGGCAGAAGUUCUUCUCGGAGCGCGAGGCCAGCGCGGUGUUGCAGACGAUAGCGCGCACCGUCGAGUAUCUCCACUCGCAGGGGGUGGUGCAUCGAGACCUGAAGCCGAGCAACAUCCUGUACGUGGACGAGUCGGGGAACCCGGAGUCGCUGAGGAUCUGCGACUUUGGCUUCGCCAAGCAGCUGCGCGCCGAGAACGGGCUGCUCAUGACGCCGUGCUACACGGCGAACUUCGUGGCGCCUGAGGUUCUCAAGAGGCAGGGCUACGACGCAGCGUGCGACAUAUGGAGCCUGGGAGUUCUGCUUUACACCAUGCUGGCUGGGCACACGCCCUUCGCCAACGGGCCCGACGACACGCCGGGCGUGAUCCUGACACGCAUCGGCAGCGGACGCUUCCUCUUGUCCGGCGGCAACUGGGACACGGUGUCCGAGGCCGCCAAGGACCUGGUGAAGAAGAUGCUGCACGUGGACCCGCACCAGCGCUUCACGGCCGCCCAGGUGCUGCGCCACCCGUGGAUCGCGCUGCGCGACACGCUGCCCCAGUGCCAGCUGACCCGGCAGGACGCGGCGCUUGUCAAGGGCGCUAUGGCCGCUACCUACUCAGCCCUGCACCACACGCUGGCCCAGCCGGCGCUGGAGCCAGUGGGCUCCUCCACCCUCGCCCAGCGCCGCGGCAUCAAGAAGAUCUCGUCGACGGCGCUGUGAGGCGGCGGUGGCACCACCGCCUCCUCCCUGCCCCCCUCCCCUCUCCCACGCGCCACUUUCUCCUCCUCCGUCGCCGCACCGCAGAGCGCAAGCCCCCCUCCCCUCCCCCUCCUCCCCGGGCAUCGUCUCUGCGGGGACGCGGGCGUGGAGAGCGCCGGCCUCCCAGCU